CCUGGGUCGAAAAUGUUCCGUCACUCGUCCUCUCUCCCCUUCUCCGAAAAAAUCUCUUCUCCCUCUCUGCAGAGGAAGCGACGGACGAGCUUGCUCCGAUGAGAAUCGCAGCACCGGACGAAUCCAAAAUGCCGCCUCCUCUCUGCUCUCCGGCCGAAAGCGACGGCGUCUGAGCUGCUUCUUAUCGUCGCCGGCUGCUUCCUCCGGCGUCUUCCCGAUAGAUCGGAGUUAGGAGCCUGCAUCGACGCUCGAGACCGCGAUAUCGGUUAAGCUCCGUCGCUCCAUCGAUAGCUCAGGCGAACUUUUGAUUUGCGCUGAAAUGUGGGGGGACUAGCUGAAUUUGGAGCUAGAACCGGUCGAAGCGAUAGGUGCGGGCUGUGAAGUCGAGCUACGUGCGGUCGUCUAGUUGAGUGAGAACGAUGCUGGAUCUCAACCUCAAUGAGCAGCUCUCCACCUCGGGGUCGACUCCGAACGAGAGCCCCGUGGCGAUUCUCAAGGGGCUUCCUGAUGCGCCGGGGGCUCAAAUGGACGAGUCCGGGACCUCGAACUCGUCGAUCGUCAAUGCCGACGGUUGCGACGACGAGUCGUGCUCGACACGCGCUGCCGACCUUCGCACUUUCAGCUUCGGCAUCCUGAAGGCCGGCGAGGGAGGUGCUAGUGUCGCGGACGACGAACUCGGUGUGACGAAGCAGUUGUUCCCAGUGAGGGAGGUGGAUGCGGAUUUGGAGAGGUGUGUUGAAUCGUCUUCGAUUGAUCAGGGGAGAGAUGUUUUCUCGGUUGAUACCUGUAAGGGUAAGGAAAGUCCGAGGCUGGCGAUGCCACAACAGCGGAGGAAGAGCAGGAGGGGACCGAGGUCAAGGAGCUCGCAGUAUAGAGGGGUUACUUUUUAUAGGAGGACUGGAAGAUGGGAGUCGCACAUAUGGGACUGUGGAAAACAAGUGUAUUUGGGUGGAUUCGACACUGCACAUGCUGCAGCUAGAGCCUAUGAUCGAGCUGCAAUAAAAUUCAGAGGGCUUGAUGCAGACAUAAAUUUCAGUUUGAGUGAUUAUGAGGAUGAUUUGAAACAGCAGAUGAAGAAUCUUUCAAAGGAAGAAUUUGUACACAUACUUCGUCGACAGAGCACUGGCUUUUCCAGGGGAAGUUCGAAAUAUCGAGGGGUGACACUGCACAAGUGUGGGCGUUGGGAAGCUAGAAUGGGGCAAUUCCUUGGCAAAAAGUAUAUAUACCUAGGCCUAUUUGAUAGUGAAGUAGAGGCAGCAAGGGCGUAUGACAAAGCAGCUAUCAAAUGUAGCGGAAGAGAGGCUGUGACCAACUUUGAACCUAGUACGUACGAGGGAGAGAUGAUUUCAAAAACCAGCAAUGGAAAUAGCAUCUACGGUGACCAUGGUCUUGAUCUCAAUCUUGGGAUAUCAGCUCCCUCGAGGGGAACAAUGGAAAUCUUAGAGCCUUCCCAGUUCCUUGCUGACCCUGGCAACAUGAGUCAGGGAAGUAGUUUGAGGGUUGAAAACUCUGCUGCAUCCUGGGCCGAUCCAUCUUUUGAAGGUUUAUCAAUGACAUCAGGACAUCCUCCUCCUUGGACUGGUGUAUAUCCUAGUGUCUUUCCUCGCAUGGAAAGAGCUAAAGAGAAGAUAUGUGGGUUAGGCUUGUCGCAAGGACUCCCUACCUGGGCGACACGAAUGCAUGGUCAUGUCAAUUCUACCCCUUUAACACUGCUCUCUGCUGCAGCAUCAUCAGGAUUCUCACUGUCGGCCGCUCCUCGCUCUCCUGUCAUUCUUCCCCCACUGCUAACCGACUCAACAAGCCAAAGCAACCGGUUCUCUUUACCCUCCUCGGCUGCCAACAACGUCUCUCAUGGCUACUAUCAGUUGAUGCCUCAAUGGCCUCCUAAGUAACUCUUAAAUCUCUGAUGAAGGGUUUGAAGAGAUCAAUGCUUAUGAUUAGGAGGUGAAUCUCGGCACUCUUUGUCAGCUCUCUUUGAUGGCCAACGUGUCAUGUUCAUGAAUUCAUCCGAAAGAUGAAAAAAAAGUGUCAUCCAUUAUAAAACAACAAUGAGAGGUUU